CUCAUCAAACAUGUCUGGUCGUGGCAAAGGAGGCAAGGGUCUUGGAAAGGGAGGCGCCAAGCGUCAUCGUAAAGUUCUUCGCGAUAAUAUUCAAGGUAUCACCAAGCCAGCUAUCCGACGUCUUGCACGUCGUGGUGGUGUCAAACGUAUCUCCGGUCUCAUCUACGAAGAAACUCGGGGUGUAUUGAAGGUGUUCUUAGAGAAUGUCAUCCGUGACGCCGUCACCUACACAGAGCACGCCAAAAGAAAGACCGUCACCGCCAUGGAUGUCGUCUACGCACUAAAACGCCAGGGUCGUACAUUGUACGGUUUUGGUGGAUAAACGUAGAAUAUAAACCCAAACCAAACGGCCCUACAUUCGUUUACCGUCGUCGCCCGACUCAGAACUGUAAUAAUUAUUUACAGUUUCGAUCGUGUUGGGCUGAAUAAAACAAACACGA